CGUCGUCGGACGACUGGCGGCGCGCGUUGGCGCGCGUGGUGCCGGCGGUGGUGGUGCUGCGCGUGACGGUGGUGCGCGCGUUCGACACGGAGUCCGCCAACUCCAGCUACGCCACCGGCUUCAUCGUCGACCGCCGCCGCGGCAUCAUCCUCACCAACCGCCAUGUCGUCAAACCCGGCCCGGUGGUGGCGGAGGCGAUGUUUCUGAACCGCGAGGAGGUGCCGGUACAUCCGAUCUACCGCGAUCCCGUGCACGACUUCGGCUUCUUCCACUUCGACCCCGCCGCCGUGCAAUUCCUCGACUACCAAGACAUCCCGCUCGCGCCCGAAGCCGCCGCCGUGGGCCUCGAGAUCCGCGUCGUGGGCAACGACAGCGGCGAGAAGGUCUCUAUUCUCGCCGGGACCAUCGCGCGGCUGGAUCGCGACGCGCCCGUGUACAAAAAGGACGGGUAUAAUGAUUUUAAUACGUUUUAUUUGCAAGCCGCGUCGGGCACCAAGGGCGGGUCGAGCGGGUCGCCCGUGAUCGACUCGCGCGGGUGCGCCGUGGCGCUGAACGCGGGCAGCAAGUCGUCGAGCGCAAGCGCGUUCUUCCUUCCGCUGGACCGCGUGGUGCGCGCGCUGGGCGCCAUCCAGGCGUGCUUCGCGGAGAAGGAGGGCGGCGGGUUCGUCGUGCACAAGUGGCGCCCGCCCGUCGUCACCCGCGGCACCCUGCAGGUGACGUUGAUCCACAAGGGGUUUGACGAGACGCGGCGGCUGGGGCUAAGGCGAGAGACGGAAGCGGAGGUGAGGCGCGAGGCGGGGGCGGCGGAGACGGGGCUGCUGGUGGUGGACUCGCUCGUGCCGGGCGGCCCCGCUGAAGGCAGGCUGGAGCCGGGGGACAUUCUCGUGCGCGUCAACGGCAAGCUGUGCAUUAUCCCUCUCGCCCCCCCUCCCAUCACCCCUCACCCUUUCCCCCCUCCCCACCUCCGGCCCUCCCCUCCAUUCCCCCCACCCCUGCACGCCCUAAUGCAGGUGCUGACGCAGUUCUUGGCACUGGAAGCCAUUCUAGACGACGCUGUGGGCGGCACCGUCACGCUCGACGUGGAGCGGGGCGGCGCACCCCUCUCCCUCGCCCUCACAGUGCACGACCUGCACGCUGUCACGCCCGACCGCUUCCUCGAGCUCUCAGGGGGCGUGCUGCACGCGCUCUCCUACCAGCAGGCGCGCAACUUCCGCUUCCCCUGUGGCCUCGUCUACGUCGCUGAGCCCGGCUACAUGCUCUCACGCGCCGGCGUGCCCCGCUUCGCCAUCAUUCAGAAGCUCGCGGAUCAAGACGUGCCGGACUUGGAGACGUUUUUAAGGGUGUUUGCACGGCUGGAGGCGGGGGCAAGGGUGCCGAUAGAGUAUGUGACGCAUGGGGAGAGGCACCGGCCCAAGUCGGUGCUGCUGCUGGUGGACCGGCAUGCGUGGGGGGAGAAGCGGGCGAGAGGGGAGGAGGAGGGCGAAGGGGAAGGGAGCAAGAAGCGUAAGGCAGAAGAGACAGUGGUGGGGGAUGGGAGCGAGCCUGCUGCUGCUGCUGCUGCUGCUGCUGCUGCUGCUGCUGCUGCUGCUGCCGAUGGAUCAGAGGCAUCAGCCAAGCCAGCUGGCACGAGCUCAUUGGUGGAGAGUGCAUUGGAGCCCGCAUUUGUGAUGAUGGAGGUGCACGUGCCAUCAUCAGUGAUGGUGGACGGGGUGCACGCGCAGCAUUUCUUCGGCACGGCGCUGGUGGUGCACCAUACGCCGCAGCUGGGGCUCAUCGUGGUGGACCGCAACACAGUCGCUGUCUCUGUCUCGGACAUCAUGCUCUCCUUCUCCGCCUACCCUGUUGAGGUCCCCGGAGAGGUGGUGUUCCUGCACCCGGUGCACAACUUUGCCUUUGUGGCCUAUGACCCAUCAGCCCUGGGAGCAGCAGCGGCGGCGGCCGUGACGCCCGCCACGCUCAAGCCCUCCCCUGCGCUGCGGCGGGGCGACCGAGUGCACCUGGUGGGGCUCAGCCGCAGCCAGGCAGUGACGUCCCGGCAGUCCGUGGUCACGAAUCCCACCGCCACGCUCACUGUGGGCGCUGCUGACUGCCCUCGCUACCGUGCGAUUAACAUGGACGUUGUUGAGAUUGACACUGACUUCGGGCAGUCCUUCUCGGGCGUGCUGGCGGACGACUCGGGCGCCGUGAGAGCCCUCUGGGGCUCCUUCUCCACCUUCGUACGCCGCUGCCCUGUCCCACCUCCUCCCUUCUCUACUCUCUCCUCUCCUUUUUCCUCGACUUACUCUUCUCCCUUAUUUGAACUCGAGGUCUUCUAUUCUCUCCUCCUCCUUCCAAACCUCUCUCCCAUCCACUGUCCUCUGUUUAAACGUAAGCUGACUUCCGUUAUCUGCUCUCAAAAGACCAAGCCCUGCUCUGAACGACCUCCUCUCCUCCCAAACCAUCUUCCUCUUCCCCAGCUGAAGUACGGCGACGGUGGAACGGACGAUCUGCAGUUUGUGCGCGGGCUGCCCAUCUCCUUCAUCUCCUCCGCCCUCCACCAAAUCAUCCACGCCUCCCCCUCCAAGCCCCUCUGCACGCUCCCACCCUCCGCUCCCGCUCCCACUCCUGCUCUCUCGACCGCGCCCCACGUUGAAAGCAACGGCCAGGCAGGGGAAGCAGGCGAGGGGACAAGAAGAGCAGAGGCGCAGGAGGAGGGUGGCAAGGGCGGCGAGCAGCAGCAGCAGCAGGCGGCGGCAGGGACAGACAACAGCCUGCUGAUGAACGGGCGGCUGUGGGCCAUGCCGCGCAUGCGCGUGCUAGAAGCCGAGCUCGCCCCCAUGCUGCUCUCCAAAGCCAGGAGCUUCGGCCUGUCGGAACAAUGGGUGCACAUGCUGGCCCGUGCUGACCCCGUGCGGCGGCAGGUGCUGCGCGUGAAGGGCACCCUGGCGGGGUCCGCUGUGGCAGGUGUGCUGCAGCAGGGCGACAUGCUGCUCGCUGUCAAUGGCCGCCCCGUCACGUGCUUCGCUGAUGUGGAAGCCGCCUGCUGUGAGCUGGAUGCGGGGGGGAGUGAGUCAGCUGGGCUGUUGGAGGGGGAUGGGGGGAGCGGGGUGAGAGAUGGUGCUGGGGCAGUAGUAGCAGCAGCAGCAGGAGAAGAAGCAGCUGGGAAUGGGCAUGUGAGUGAGACAGGGGACAGGGAGCCGAUCGGUGCGACAGCAGCAGGAGCAGACAAAACUGCAGUGAACGGGCGGGAAGUAGAGGCGCCAGGGAAGACGGGCGGGAAGGAGGAUGCAGGGGUGGCAGCAACAACAGCCGGGGAGGCAGCAGCAGCAGGGGAAGCGGGCCCAGCGUCAUUGAGCCUGACGAUAUUGCGGCAGGGCAGGGAGCAGCGGGUGCAGGCGGGCACGGACGUGCGGCAUGGCUUCGGCACGACGCGAGUGGUGAACUGGGCGGGCUGCCUCGUGCAGGACCCCCACCCUGCCGUCAGAGCCACCGGCUUCCUGCCCUCGCAGGGUCAUGGCGCUUAUGUUGCCAGGUGGUGCCAUGGCAGCCCAGCGCACCGCUACGGGCUGUACGCCCUCCAUUGGAUCGUGGAGAUCAACGGCCGACCCGUGCCGGACCUCGAUGCUCUGGUUGCCAUCAGCCAGGAGUUGGAGCACGGGGCGUUUGUGAGGGUGAAGGUGGUGCAUCUGAACGGCAAGCCGCGGGUGCUGACGCUGAAGCAGGACCUGCAUUACUGGCCCACCUGGGAGCUGCGCUUCGUGCCCAGCACCGGAACAUGGCAACGCACCAUCCACAAAAUACAGAAAUAG